AUGAGUGCUUCGAGGUUCAUAAAAUGUGUUACUGUUGGCGAUGGAGCUGUGGGAAAGACUUGUCUUCUUAUCUCCUAUACUAGUAAUAUUUUUCCCACGGAUUAUGUGCCAACUGUUUUCGACAAUUUCAGUGCAAAUAUGAUUGUGAAUGGAAGCAAUGUUAACUUGGCAUUGUGGGAUACAGCCGGACAGGAAGAAUAUAACAGAUUAAGACCCUUGAGUUAUUGUGGUGUCAAUGUAUUUAUACUCGCAUUCUCUCUCAUUAGCAAAAUUAGCUAUAAUAAUGUUUUUAAGAAGUGGAUUCAUGAAUUGAAGCAUUAUGCACGCGGUGUCCCAAUUAUUCUUGUUGGAACAAAACUUGACCUUCGAGAUGACACACAAUUCUUCAUAGACCAUCCUGAUGCCGUUCCAAUUACUACAACUCAAGGAGAGGAACUUCAGAAACUUAUCGGAGCAUCUGCUUAUAUCGAAUGCAGCUCGAAAACACAACAGAAUGUAAAAGGAGUCUUUGAUGCAGCCAUGAGAGUUGUCCUUCAACCACCGGAACAGAAGAAAAAGAAAAGAAAAGUACUGAAAGCUUGCUCCAUAAUGUGA